AUGGAGUCUGCAUCUCAGAGCAGAAUAGACAACCGGAGGAGCGUGGACGAUACUCGGAACGAUCCUGCGGAAAAGCAUUAUACCAAAUCAGAUGCUGAGCAGCUUGCUUAUCUUGGUCACAACCAGGUCCUCGAGAGAAACUUCUCUCUGACGUCUGCUGCGUCCUUGUGCAUGUGUCUCCUCGCAACCUGGGAAGCUGUUUCGGCCGUCAUCUCGGCCGCCCUGGAGUCGGGAGGUGCGCCCUGCCUGUUGUACAACUACGUCCUCUCAUUUCUGUGCACGAUUGCCGUUGGGUCGUCUUUGGCCGAAAUCGCAUCUAUCUACCCAACAGCCGGAGGCCAAUACUACUGGGUGGCUGUUCUCUCUCCCGUCUCUUCUCGCAAGUCUGCCGCGUGGUUCACGGGAUGGAUUUCAGUCGGUGGCCAAAUCCUGUUGACGGCAGCUGCAGCUCUUUCUGGUGGGCUGCAAACUCAGGGGCUUCUAAUCAUGAACGACGACUCCUACAUUCCGCAGCAAUGGCAGGGUAUGCUGUUUUACUGGGCCGUGGUGCUUUACGCCGCCUUUGUUAACACUGUGGGCUCCAGGAUCUUGCCCCAUGUAAACUACGCAUCAGGUAUCAUCCAUGUGGGAGGCUUCUUUGCUACCUGCAUCACCCUGGCCAUCAUGGCUCCCAAGAACACGGCCUCGUUUGUCUUCAAGGACUUUGACAAUCGGAGUGGAUGGGCGAGCGAUGGCGUAUCCUGGCUCGUUGGCCUACUCAGCACGGUCUACCCAUUCUUAGGAUACGAUGCUGCCUGCCAUAUUGCCGAGGAGAUCCCGAACCCAUCGCGCAACGUUCCCCUGGCCAUGGUUGGAUCAAUUCUUAUCAACGGCUUGACCGGUCUGGUCUACGUGAUUCUUAUCCUAUUUUCAACCAGUUCACUGGACGAGCUUCUAGAAAGCCCCACCGGCUAUCCGUUCCUUAAGAUCUACGAGGAUGCCGUUGGCUCGCCCCUUGGGGGUGCCAUGCUCGCCCUGGCACCUAUCCUCAUCGCCUACACCGCGGCCAUCGCUGGCACGACGUCGACCUCACGUACGCUCUGGGCCUUUGCUCGUGAUAAGGCCACACCCUGCCACGACUACCUGAGCAAGGUCAGCGACAAGGCCGCUGUCCCAGUCCGAUGCAUUGUUGUUACUACAACACUGCAGAUGCUUCUGGGGCUGCUCUACUUGGGUAACACAACGGCUUUUAACGCUGUUCUUUCUAUGGCCAUCAUCGGUAUGUAUUUGUCGUAUCUGCUGCCCAUCAUCUACAUGUUGGUCUAUGGCCGUUGCAAGUCUCGGCCCAGAACCUACGGCUUCUUCAAGCUGGGCAAGACAUUAGGGGUCAUGCUUAAUGUCAUUAGCAUUAUCUGGAUCAUCGUUGUCGUCAUCUUCAGCACCUUCCCAAGCUUUAUGCCUGUUUCGGUGGGGACAGCUAACUAUUCACCUGCUGUGAUGGUAGUUUGGCUAUUAUUUGGGGGUGUAUACUAUUUCUUCUAUGGACGACACAAGUUUGACGUACCUAUCUUGGAGAAUAUCAAUAUGGAGGUAACCAUUGUCCCACAUGCAUGA